AUGAAUUCACGAUGUUCCUCUGUGUGCUUUAAAGAACACCAUGAUGGAACCGUGAGAGUCCAGUGGAGAGAACACAGAACACCAGAGUUCACCAAACUGAACCCGAUGCAGAAGGUUCCGGUCCUGGUGGACAACGGCUUCGUCCUCACAGAGAGCGACGCCAUCUUGAAGUACCUGGCCAACAAGAACGACGUCCCCGACCACUGGUAUCCACGGCAACCAGAGAGACGAGCCCGAGUGGACGAGUACACGGCCUGGCAUCACAGCAACACACGACCCCACGCAGCCAAGGUCUUCAUCCUGGAGGUGUUGCUCCCGACCCAGUCUGGCUCUCCGGUAGAUGAGGGGCGUUUGGUUCGUGCUCUGUCUCAGCUGGAUGAAACUCUGGACAAGCUGGAGUCGAUGUUUCUUCGCAGACAGCCGUUCCUGUGUGGCGAUGACAUCACUGUGGCCGACCUGCUCGCUAUCUGUGAGCUCAUGCAGCCUCUGGGGGGAGGGCGGGACGUCCUGAAGGACCGCCCUCAGCUGCAGCGAUGGAGGAGUCGAGUCCAGUCCGCCGUCGGCGAGCCCUUCGACCGAGCUCACGCCGUCCUGUACGCCCUGAGGGACCGCCGCAGAGCACGGCUGUGACAUCACAGUGAUGUCACACAGAUGUUCUACUCAAAACUAAACAGCUGGAAUCAUCAAUGAAUGUGAUUGGUUUGAUGAUCUGUGACUGUGAUUGGUUUGAUGAGUUUGUGAUACGGGACGAUUCUGUGGUUACAGACCUCCGGAGGCCUUGAGUCGUGACGUCGUCUGAACCUCGUCAUAAUGAUUAAACUGAAUUAAACCUUUAAAGCACUUUAACAGGAAGAAUGAGGUUUGUGAUGAAAAACUGAAAUAAAGUUGUGAUUGUAUUUUCUCA